AUGGAUGCAUUUACUACCGACGAGGGGGGAGAUAACAGUACGAUAGCUCCAUUAUCACCACCAAUGGAUUAUCAAGAACAAUUAAGAAGACAAACAAUUAUAAAUUCAAUUGAAAACAAAGAUUAUUUACUUGUAAUUGCUUCACAACAAAAUAAAUCAGUACAACAAGUCAUUUAUGAACUUAAAUUGAAAUUAGUUACCCAGGGAUGUUAA